AUGUUGCCCACCGUUGCAGCUCAAACCGCACACUCGCUCCCGCGGGCAGGUGUCUCAGGCCUUCGGACUACUGUUAAGAAAGGAGCGCUAAUCUCAACGGGCAAUUUUCAACAGAUUAAGACAUGCAAAGGGGUGGCAUCGGGGGAUGCGGUAUACAGAGGAGAAGGCGCUUUUAUGUUGCAGUGUAUCAAAAAUUCGAUCCUUAUUUCUUUUUACCGGAGACCGCACCAGCUGUGCGUGCGCUGGACUUCUGGUGAUACAGUGGGCAACCUCUCCAACACUUUGGCUGUUUUGACUGGAUCAAACCACCCCGUAGAGCUGCGGCCGCGCAGCAUCUGGCAACGAAUAUUGUCAUGGAAUCGGCAAGUGGACGCAAAACUACGGCUCGAAAAGUUCUUGCGGACCCCUCUUGAGGCAUUUGCCAAGGAAGGACGAAAGCGUUUUGCUCUUGAUACGCGGUUCGUCGAUUUGCUUCCACGGAUUGACGUACGAAACAUUCCACUGCUGCAGCUUCAGCCGGUAGAACAGGGCCGUACCAUUGAAGGGGUGAAAAAGCUACUAGAGGUGUCACGCAGCUCAAGUCCCUCCUGGCUGACCCGCAGAGAGGGAGUUCCUGUUGAGCUUUUCCAGCCGUCCAAUGAGGUGCUCAGUCGCCUCUUCCCUAAUUUGGCUUAUCGACGCGUGGAGCUUAGAGACCCCGAAUCUGGCCUCAUUAAGCAUUUCCCCAGCAAUAUUUUCUCCUAUCCCAUGAAGGCGAGCUCCUAUUAUUGCGGCUCGAAGAUCCCAUUUGUUAUAUCGAACCGUGGCAAAGAAAAAAUGAAGAGAGCCAUUGCUCAGGAAACAGCACCAGCAGAGGCCUACAUGCUGGUAUCGCGCCCUCCAAGGGAUCAUAAUGUAGAGCAGGAUCCAACAAUCGCCCUUAUUCAGUGGUUUAGGGGUCCAAAUGGCGAAGCGGUUAUGCAGGAGACGGUUGUACAUAUUCAGCUGCACGAAGUGUCGGUACUGCCGCCAGAGUCUCGCAGGGGAUACGGCUCUCAGUUUGGCCGGCACUUCUUCAUGGAUAACGUGAGAAUGAUCUCUAGACUGGGAGGCACGCUCACGAAGCUGCGUCUCUCCCGAUUUUUUGUUAGGAAGUUUGCCGCGAUGACAAACAUCGACAUGGAGGAGGCCUUCAGCGUGAAGCAGACCCUCCCGCCGGGGAAAAGGAAUUUCGAGUCGUUACAGGAUUUCUUUACCCGUCCGAUAAAUAUCGAGGCUUUGCGCCCUAUCGACAGCCAGGCAUCUGUGGUGGCACCCGCAGAUUCAGUGCUCCAGAAUGCCUUUUUUGUUAAGCCGAAUGCACUGGGCGAGAUCGUUGAUGCACGAAUUCCCCAGAUAAAGGGAACGACUUUCAACUUGUCAGAUUUUCUUUUUGGGCGGGGUACGAAUCAAGAUAUCAGGCUUCAAAGCCCCAAGAACAGGCUCCAUGUGCAGAUCUACUACCUAGCCCCGGCGGACUACCAUCGCUUUCACUCUGCUGCUGAUUGGAUUGCAGCAAAGCACGUGUAUAUCCCUGGAUGCCUCCCUUCGGUACAGCGCAGGAUAUUGCUCAAUCGCAAUAUUUUGGAUGCUUUUGAGCGCACGUCGGUCCAGGGAACCUGGAGACCAGGCAAUACAGAGGGGCCGCGUUUGUUUUUUUCCAUGACGUUUGUCGCUGCAUCAAUGGUGGGAGGCAUCGAGCUUUCGUACAGGAAGCAACUGGACUCAAACCGGUUUACUUGGACUCCGGCGUGCUCACAAUCCAGAAAGAGUAUCCUGUACGAGUACGACAAACCUGUGGGCCUCUGCAUGGGAAAUGAAAUGGGGAGCUUCCGUUUCGGUAGCACUAUUGUCCUGGUAUUCGAAGCUCCCGAAGACCUUGAGACCACCUCGCCAAUAUGCGACCACGUCGACGUCAACAUGACGGUCGGCAGUAUUCCUGGCAGCCCCAGGCUUACCCUCCCGCGCUGCGAUUCUACCUAUGGGAACCAUAGAAGCACGCUAGAAUUUUUGAAGUAUCUGCAGGACCUUAAAGGGGGGCGCACCAAAGAGUUGGAUGUCUCGGAGCACCCUGCUGAGAUUGUGGCCUCCGAUGCGAACACCGCCACAACUGCAGAAGGGUCGGAACCCUCCGUCGAACGGACCGAUGUAGGGCCCGAGUCAGAUGACAGCAGGUUGCCUAGCACACCUGUGAUGGCUGAAGUGUCAUCGGACGAGGACAGCAAUCUCGAUGCUGACUUGUCCACCGUUACGCACGGUGAAUCUACUGAGAAUCCGCUGGAUGAGCCCCUCGAUAAGAAGGCCUUGGAUGGGCAGGCAAAGGAGGACAGCGAUUCAGGCCUUUUAUCUAAAAUAAAUGGUCCUGAACUCCCGUAUAGAGAGGCCAUGCCGAGAAUCCAGGGAACUGAAGGAGAGGAGGGAAAAGAUUCUGUGUUCACUAGUCAGAGGCCAUUGCGCCACUAUACCGUAAAGAAAUCGGGACCCGGAGAGGAAGUGAAUCGUUUCACUUUCCUAGACCUCAACGCACAGAUACACACCCUUGAAUACGGCCUACUACACAGAUAUGCUCUUGCACGGUGGCUGGCCCACACAUGGACGGCAAGUUUGCACAUGCUCGGCAAGCGUUUGCUGAUGCUGCAAACUGGCCAGCUGCGCAAGGAGCAGAAGGACUCUAAUGGAAUCAACAAUCCCAUUUGCUACUUCGACAAAAAACUGAGUUCACUGCAGUUGCAGUUUGUGGGUCAGCUGUCCAACUUGCUACUGGUGUGGCCUGCCAAGGAGAAUGACCCAGUCUUGUUGAAGCACCCGUAUUUUGCAUGUGCUAGCGCCAGCGGCUGGGGCAAGGUGACCAGAGGAAUUUCCGCUUCUUGGACCUUAUCGGGAGGCGGCCUCUACGCGGAAUUCGCCUUAGAUCUGUCUCACAAGGUUGGUGAUCACACUGGCGAGUUGAAGAAGGUGACGUAUUCCCUCAUUGGAACUCCCGAGGGGUCAACCCGGUCCCUCCUCGGCCCUGAGGCAGACACUGGGUUGCCUGAUAAUUCAGAGGAGCUGAGCGAUGAAGCAUCUAUUCUUCGGUUCGAAGUGACGCCGCCGCAGGCCAAAGAGGGCGAGGCGCAGCAAUUUGCAGUCACCACAGAAGUGCCUUCCGUGUACAUGGACCAAGCCAAGCCUCCAGUUACGAGCCGUAUUCGUAGUGCCAUCUCUGGUCUUUUGACUAGGCUUAGACGUCGUAUAUCCAGGGUGCCUCUGGGGGCGAACGCGCAAUAG